AUGAGGGCCAUGCUGUGGUUUCCUCUCCUAUUUCUGGUGUACUCCGACUAUUCUUCCGCCGCUGGCCCUCCGGUCACGGAGGAGUCGCUUAGCGAGGUUGCGGCGUCCUUGAAGAUGUACGUCGACGAGCUGCCUCAGAUGCCGAGGCUGCACGGGUACUCCAUCAGCAAAGGCUCGGUCACUCCGACGAAGCUCACCAUUGGAAUGUACGAGAAGGACUGGGUGGGUGACCUCUUCGAUCCUCUAUGAGUAACGCUAUAAUUGGUCGAGAGUCUCCCAUCUUGGGCUCUGAACAUGUAGUUCCUAUUCUAUCUUCGUUGCUGUGCAGAAGUUCCACCGUGAUCUACCUCCGACCAAAGUGUUCGUCUACGGAACCAGCAAGGCCGCCGCAACGUUCCCCGGGCCGGCCAUAGAAGCCAUCCAAGGGGUCCCCCUGUCGGUGACCUGGCUCAACUUUCUUCCCCGACGACAUUUUCUCCCCUGGGACCCCACCAUCCCCACGGCCAUCCCCAAGCGCGGCGGCGUCCCCACCGUCGUCCACCUCCACAGUGGCGUCAACCCCCCCCACAGUGACGGUAGCGCCCUCGCCUGGUUCACCGCCGGUUUUAAAGAGACUGGCCCUGCAUGGAGCCGCGCCACCUACACGUACCCUAAUGUGCAGCACUCCGGCAACCUGUGGUACCACGAUCAUGCUCUGGGGAUGAUCCCUGCCAACCUCUUGGCCGGCCUUCUCGGCACUUACACCAUCCGCGACCCGGUGCUCGACGCCAAGCUGAACCUGCCGUCGGGGAUUGAGUUCGACCGGCAGCUGGUGAUCGCUGACCGGAGCUUCACCAAGGACGGAUCGCUGUACCUCAACGCCACAGGAGUUGACCCCUCCGUGCACCCGCAGUGGCACCCGGAGUUCUUCGGCGAUGUCAUCACAGUCAACGGCAAGGCAUGGCCGUACAUGAAAGUCCAGCGGCGCAAGUAUCGGCUGAGGAUUCUCAACGCCGGCAACGCUCGCUAUCUAGGGCUUUCCCUCUCCAACGGGCUCCCCUUCACCGUCGUGGCCUCGGAUUCCUCUUACCUCCCACAGCCGGUGGUCACCUCCCGUCUGCUACUCGCUCCGUCGGAGAUCGCCGACGUGAUCGUCGACUUCUCGAAAUCAAAAACCAGAGAGAUUGAGCUCCAGAACGACGCGCAGUUUCCCUUCCCCGGUGGGGACGAACCGGGCGAGCUCGACGGGAAGGUGAUGAAGUUCGUCGUCGUCCCCGGGAACCCGCGGCCGGCGGACUGCUCGACGAUCCCCCGGAAGCUGGUGAGCUACUCGCCGGCGUCGUUGAAGGAUGUCACGAAGACGAGGUACAUCACCCUCUACGAAGAGAUCAGCAACGUCUCCGGCCAGCCCGUGCAGCUGUACAUCAACGGGCUGACCCUGCUGGAUCCGGUGACGGAGACGCCGAAGCCGGGGACGACAGAGCUGUGGAAUGUCAUAAACCUCACGGAGGACAACCACCCGCUCCAUAUCCAUCUGGCUUCGUUCAGGGCCAUCAAGGUACAGGGACUUUUGGAGCUGGAGGCCUUCAAGAGCUGCAUGGUGAGGAAGAAGGACGCGCUGAAGUGUAACGUCAGAGCCCACGCCGCCGGCGACCUCGUCCGCGUUCCGGAAUACGAGAAGACGUGGAAGAAUGCCGUGAAGAUCGAACCCGGAAACAUGACCAGCGUCAUCGUCAAGUUCACCCUGGUGGAGGGGGACAAACCCUUCCCCUUCGACGCCACCGCAGAGCCCGGUUACGUCUACCACUGCCACGUGAGUACUCUUCCGUCCUUCCUUCCGCUAGGGUUUUCUCGUGGAUCGUCUCUCCUUACUCUCAUGGAUGGCUUCCCUCCUGCUUCUCCUUGCAGAUUCUCGACCACGAAGGUAACGGGAUGAUUCGGCCAUUGAAGCUCGUCUCCUAA